AUGGUAACCCUUUCGCGUGUUUCCCAGGAGUCCUCCUCACACCGUCAACGCCGCGAAAUAAGGGACAUUUCUGUCCAAACCACUGAGUAUGCUGGAGUCUAUGGUACAAAGUAUGCGGCUGAGGAGCUGCCACUAUACGUGAUGAAUGACAACGGCAUGCCGCCGGAUGUCGCUGAGCAGAUGAUCAGGGAUGAGUUGAGCUUGGAUGGGAAUCCGUUAUUGAACAUGGCUAGUUUUGUAACGACUUAUAUGGAACCGCAAGUCGAAACCCUAAUGGCGGCGGCCAUGCGCAAGAACUUUAUCGAUUUCGAGCAGUAUCCGCAGAGCGCGCGCAUGCAGACGCGGUGCGUAAACAUGAUCGCUGAUUUGUUUAAUGCGCCAACAAACCAGGAGUCUAAAGAGGGAACUGAACACGGGGAGUCGGAGGGGGCGGAAGGCGCGAUGGGGACGUCGACUGUUGGGUCAUCAGAAGCUAUCAUGCUUGCUCUUCUUGCCAUGAAAAAGACAUGGCAUAAGAAACGGAGUGACGCAGGGAAGGAUACCUCGCAUCCAAACAUUAUAAUGAAUAGCGCGGUACAGGUCUGCUGGGAGAAGGCAGCGCGGUAUUUUGAUGUAGAGGAACGCUAUUGUUAUUGCACAGAUGACAGAUAUGUGAUCGACCCGGUUCAAGCGGUGGAACUGGUGGAUGAAAAUACGAUUGGCAUAUGUGCGAUUAUGGGGACUACCUAUACCGGCCACUAUGAGGAUGUCAAAGCUAUUAAUGACCUGCUUGUUCAACGAAAUAUCGACUGUCCGAUCCAUGUCGACGCCGCGAGCGGAGGGUUCGUGGCGCCCUUUAUCUGCCCUGAGCUGGUGUGGGAUUUUCGUCUAGAGAAGGUCGUGUCGAUCAAUGUCUCAGGGCAUAAAUACGGCCUUGUCUACCCCGGCGUUGGCUGGAUCUUCUGGCGAUCACCAGAAUACCUUCCCAGAGAGCUAGUCUUCAACAUCAACUAUCUCGGCUCCGAACAGGCGACCUUUACUCUAAAUUUCUCUAAAGGCGCCUCGCACAUUAUCGGCCAAUACUACCAGCUCAUCCGCCUCGGUCGAAACGGUUACAAAGCCAUCAUGCAGAAUCUAGUCCAGGUAUCGCAAAAUCUCGCCCGUGGCUUGUCAGACCUAGGUCUCCUUAUCCUCAGUGACAACACAGGAAAUGGCUCUGGCGGCGUGCCACUAGUCGCAUUUCGGCUUCCAGACGAUGAAAGUCGGCUGUUCGAUGAGUUUGCUGUUUCUGCUGUUCUGCGCCGUAGGGGCUGGGUUGUACCCGCCUACACCAUGGCACCAAGGAGCAAUAAUCUAAAGCUGAUGCGCAUCGUUGUUCGCGAAGAUUUUACGGCCCAUCGAUGUGGGAUUCUGAUUCAGGAUAUCAAAAUGGCCAUCGAGUGGCUAGAGGAGAUGGAUGAGACAACAAUUCAGCGGUAUACCACGUAUCUCGCCCAGCAUGGGACACGUCUUCCGAAUGCACACUCUUUCUACAAAGACGAACACUCCCUUCAUGGCAAGACUGGCAAAACGCAUGCUGUUUGCUGA